ACUUGAAUCUUGUGUGAAUUUUAUUGGUUAAUUACUUGCUAUUGUUGUUUUGAUAUUUCUUUAUCUAUUUAUGUGAAGAAUUUUGGAAAUUUCAUGAUAAAGCAAAAAUUCUCUCUCCCCAUCCCUCCACUCCUUGAAGGGCUUUUCCUUCAAGCCAAACAAACUUGUCUGCACGACAUUUAUUCGAUUGCAUAAACUACCUGUUUGACUAGGGUCUCAUCGUUGCCAAUUUAAAGCACCUGGUGCGGGAUGUACUUCGGUUGACAUAUGUUUGCCCAAUUGUAAAAGUUGUCUGGGGCGUUUUCCUCACGUAACAUCAAUAUGUGUCUUAUCAAGCAAUACAUGCAUUUGCACUGGUUGGAAAGGUGAACUUAUGGAAUCAGAGACCAAGGUAAGAGAUUCCAUCAUUUCUUGAAUAACUUGCAGCUUUCAGUCUACACCUUGUAUAAUUAUUUUAGUUAGCCAAUGGACCAAAAAUUUUCUUUGUUCUUGGCAGGCAGAUAUCAACAAUAGUCGCAAAUUUGACAAUGGCUUCAGAGAGAUUGCAUGUGAACAGAUUCUAAAAACUGAUGAGAUGGUGCGGCUCAUUGAAGCCGGUAUGUGUAAGUCAAAGAGCCACCAUUUCCGUGGAGGGCAUCUUAACAGCCACAAGUGUUAUCUGGUUUGCAGGAAUGAAAGGUUCUCUGGUGGCAGAUGCCGUGGUUUCGGGUGUCGCUGCUUGUGCAACAAGCUUUAUUAAUUGGCAGUUAAAGACGAGCUUCUACAUGCAUUCGUUUGUGAAUAAAAAUCUAUACUUCGGCCGUCAACGUAUGUAGCUGAAGUGUUUUUGCCCUCUGAGUUUUUGGCCUUUGACCAAAGUUUAUGAAAUUCUGACUGUUACGUUCAAUUUUCGUCUUUUGUUGAUUGGACAUUUUAGUGCUUCAACUUAAAUUUGUUAGAAAACCAACUUACACACACACAUAUAUAGGGAGUGUGUAUAUAACGGUAUUGACUCCUAAUAAAAAUUGAAGCACUACAUUCUAAUUGGUACCGUUUCUUCUAAAAUUAAUCCCUAAUGUCCAC